GAUUCAAAAUUUCAUAUACAGAGGGAGGCCAUGAAACAGCUAUGGGUUUGAAUCAUCUAUGCCGUUUAUGGAGUACAUUUUCACGUCAUGAAAAUGGCACCUUUUUCGUUGUUCAAGUUGUCUCCAGACCAUUUGGCUUUGUGCUUGCAAAAAUGCCUGAAAGCGAAGGCUCUGAGACAAGGAAAGCAAGUUCAUGCAGUGUUGUUAACAAGUCGGGUUGACAUGAACUUGUUAUCUUUGAGCUCAAAGCUUGUUGGGACGUAUGCUAGUUGUGGGGAUAUGGGUUCUGCAAAGCUUGUGUUUGAUAAAAUUCCCAAGCCAAAUGUUUUUGCAUUAAAUUGGAUGGUGUUGGCCUCUGCCUUUAAUGGGCAUUAUGAUGAAGCAAUUGGGUACUUUUAUUUGAUGCAAGAAUUGGGAGUUAUUGGCAAUAAGUUCACGUUUCCAGUCAUGCUUAAAGUCUGUGUUGGCUUGAUGGAUUUGAAUAAGGGAAAAGAAGUUCAUGCUAUGGUAAAUAAACUUGGUUUUGCGAAGGAUGUAUCUUUGGCAAAUGCCUUGAUAGAUAUGUAUUGUAAAUGUGGAAGUGUAUGUCAUGCUCACCGUGUGUUUGACAGAAUGCUCGACAGAGAUGUUGCUUCUUGGACAUCAAUGAUAUGCGGGUAUUUUAAUGUAGCAAAGACUGAUCAAGCCCUUCUUUUGUUCGAGAGGAUGAAGUUGGAUGAAUUGGAACCAAAUUAUUUCACAUGGAAUGCAAUGAUAGCUGGGUUUGCUCGGUGUGGAGAUACAGAGCGAGCAUAUGCACUUCUCUCUAGAAUGACUGAAGGAGGACUGGUUCCAGAUUUGGUUACUUGGAAUGCAAUAAUUGCUGGUUUUUCCCAAAGCCAGCAUGCUGGUGAAGCAUUUAAACUGUUCCGUGUCAUGUUGCUGUCUGGAACUAAACCGAACCUUGUGACAAUCACAGGGUUGCUCCCAGCUUGUGGGUUGAUUGGUUCAAUUCAAAGAGGGAGAGAAAUUCAUGGAUUGAUCUAUAGGAGAGGCUUUGACAUAAAUGUCUUUGUUGCUAGUGCUCUUAUUGAUAUGUACUCAAAAUGUGGCAUGACUUUGACAUGUGUACUUUCUGCAUGCAGCCAUAGUGGUUAUGUGGAAAAAGGCUUAAAGAUUUUCAGGUCCAUGAAAGGGAGUCAUGGAGUUGAGGCAAGUAAAGAACAUUACGCUUGUGUUGUUGAUCUCUUGUGCCGGUCAGGGAAGAUGGUAGAAGCUUACGAAUUGAUCAGGGAAAUGCCUGUUGAGGUCACUGAAUCCAUUGUUGGCGCCUUUUUCAAUGGGUGUAAAGUCCAUGGAAGAAGAGAUCUUGCAAAGAUGAUGGCUGAAGCUAUUCUAAAAAUGGAGUUAAAGAGACCUGGAGGUUUUGUGACACUUUCAAAUAUCUAUGCUGCUGAUGGAGAAUGGGAAGAGGUUGAGAAAGUAAGGAAGGUGAUGAAGCAGAGGAAGGUCCUCAAGAAACCUGGAUCUAGUUGGCUUGAUAAAGGGAUGGCUUUGCAGGAGUGGAAGUAGAAAAGAAGUCAACGAAGUGUGUAUCCAAGCUGUUCUCUUUCAUCUUUGUAUGCAGACAAGAUCAAAAUGGAGAAGAUGAUGGUGAAUCUAAAGAUGAAAACACUAUUGGAUUUGGUGGUUGAACGAGUUGCAGGUUUGCAACUUCACAUUGUGGCCCUACAUUCUUCCAUUCUUCCUUUCUUUCCUUCAAACUGUUUAAGUCACAAUGUUUCAAAACAAGUUGGACAACAUAUAACUAAUCCAAUUUUCUGACAA